UUACUUCUUUUAUCUAAAUUCCAAACUGAGGAAUAGCAGCCAGAGAUUGGAAAAAGAUGCAAACUCAGAUAUUUCUCUGAAUCAUAUAUCAGAGUUCCCCGUCAGGGGUAACCCAAACAUUCCCUUCUGUCUCAUCUUCAUCAUCCAUUUCUGGUAAGAAUGGCGAGAAAGAAGAUACCGAUCAAGAAGAUCGACAACAUAAACGCGAGGCAGGUGACAUUCUCAAAGAGAAGGAAAGGUCUUUUCAAGAAGGCUCAGGAGCUGUCAACUCUUUGUGAUGCUGAAAUUGCUCUAAUAGUCUUUUCUGCAACCAGCAAGCUCUUCGAGUACGCAAGUUCAAGCAUGCAACAUAUAAUUGAAAGGCGUAAUCGGCAUUCAGCGAUUCAAGGAUUAGACAAUCCAUCUAUUGAGCAACAGCUUGGAAGCGUCUCCUAUGACAUGCUGCGCAAGGAAGUGGAAGAUAAGACUCAUGAACUGAGUAGGUUGAAUGGAAAAGAGUUGCAAGGAUUGACAAUACAAGAAUUGCAGAAGCUGGAGGAACUUCUUCUCAGACGUUGGGCCACUAUUUCAAAAAUUAAGGAUGAAAAAAUUAUGCAAGAGAUAAACAGCCUUAAAACAAAGGAAGCCGAACUUAUGAAAGAGAACCAGCUGAAAUCGAAACAGAGCUUCGUACUAGAACAAAGGCAAUCACAUGAGCCAUAUACCUGCAGUUCAUCUGAUUUUCCUCCAGAUCAUGGUAGUUCUGCUGACACAUCUCUCAAGUUGGGGUUGGCUUUAUUUGAAUGAAACAAAAAUGUUGGUUUAAAGGACUAUAGUGAGAAGUCUCAGCCAAGAUCAAUGUUGUUUUUGGUAUUUAAAAACAAUUUGCUGGAUUUUAUUGGGAAAAAUUUCACAGCUGGAGUAACUUAUUAUUUGCUAAGCUAAACAGAACAUUUCAGUUGUCAUUAUUUCAGAUGUGAUAACUAAAAUAGAAUAGUUAUUUAUUGAAUCCUAGUGUGUGUUUGUUUUUUUA